AAUUAUAAAUCAAUUUCCUAAGUCUGAUAAAGACAAUUUGAUUUCUCGUUUAGCCGUGAGGCCGGUGGAAAAUGGUUGUGCUUCAUUUUAUAUUAAUAACAAUCAUUUUUGGACCUAUAGUCUCUUCUCUCAGUCCAAAAGAGUUCCCGUUCCUGAAGACUCAGAUAAACGACGAGAAACACGCCACGGCCUUCAACAAGCUGCUCAAUUCCAUCGUCAAGAUCAACCGGAAACGACUGGACACCAUCAAUAAGUUGACCAAAUUGCAGGCAAUGGAUGUAUACCCUUCGUUGCAAGACACACUACGUACCUCGUCGCGUCGGGACAGCGUCGAGUCGAGCAGCGAGAGCGAUGAGACGAACAUCAUCUAUCUAGUUAUACCAGACACAAAUUCAACACCCAACGCGUCACAACACACCCAACAAGUUGAACCACCAGCACCAACAACCGAACAACCAAAGCAACCACCAGUGAGAUCACAACCAGACCCACUAUCACCACAAAGCAUACCUACACUUCAAGAUUACUCCAAACUAAAAAGUCAAAACCCUACAGCUUUAAGUAAAUCUUCAAUACAAACUAUUAGUAAAGAUGGUUUAGACGCUUUAAGGGUAAGUAUAGAACGAUCGUGCAAAAGCAGAGAGGUCAAGAAAUGUAGGAACGCGUGUAAGGAGGCGGUGAAGAGCGCGUGUGACGUGUACGAGUGUAAAAAGAAGUUGAAAAAGAAAUUAAAGAAGACUUGUAAGAAGGAGUGUAAAGAGGAGUUCAAAGGCGGGUGGUAAACUAUCAGCAUCUCGUGAGAGCGUUUUCACAUUGUUCGACCCGAUAUCGGAUGUCGGAAGGAAGUAAAAUGUAAGAUAUGAGUGUAUUGCAAAAAAAAUUUACAUUCUCUGUAUUUAUUUAUGCAUUUAAUAAAUCAUUAUUACUAAAAGACGAUAAAUAACGCAAAAAGGCGGAUUUAAUGCCAAUGGCACUCUUUUGCAGCUGUUUUUGUCGUAGGCGCCUUCCGACAACCGAUAUCGGAAAGGCGCUUCCGAUAAAUUCAGCCAAGCCCCCCGUCAGCUGUCGGGCCGAUAAUAUUUAUUUGUGUGCGUAUGUCUAUAUAAUAUGUCUAUGCAUAAUGCUUGUUGUAGUGUGCGUGGCCGCUAAAGACGGCGCCCGGGCGCGCCCCCGCGGCCUGACUUCGCGGUGUGAAAACGCUCUAAGGCUCGCCAUACAAAAUUUU